CACACUAAGGCGCAGACAGAGAGGAGACGUGCCACCACCGAAACAAACCUAUCCUCUUGAUUGAAAUUGCACCUAACGCUGGGCACUUCACAUUUUAAUACGUUGUUGUUAUCAAUUAUACCCCUUCGAGCGUCGUGUGCCGCAGCGCCACGAAUGUGCUAGUACCAGAUGCCCCUGGGAUUCACUCGGCACAGUAAUCGUUCGCAGCAGCUGGCUCCUCUCCCCCCCCAGGUACUACCGCAACAACAACAGCUGCAACUCCCACCACAACUAUCGCAAGCUGACCAGCUGCAGCAGCAACAACAGCAGCAGCAGGCUCAUCUACAGCAGCAGCAACUUCUCCAGCAGCAGCAGCUCCAACAGCAACAACAGCAGCAGCAACAACAGCACAUCCCGCAGCAACCUCCCACCGCCUCCGAGAACAAAGGUUAUGACCCGAGCGUAGUCGCUCAGCCUCAACCACAACAACAACAACAGCAACAACAGCAGCCAUACCCCAACCCAUCCGACGACGUGGCCUCCUACCAAGCGCCCCCAGCGGAUCAGCAAAGCGGCGGCAACGCGUAUCAUGAACUGACAGCCCACCCGAGCGCCGCGCCAACCCGAUCCCGCUCCCACCGCUUCUCGACAUCUUACCUGCAUAUCACGAGCCCGUCGGCGCAGCAGCAGCAACAGCUACAGCAACAACAGCAGCAGGUUUCCCCGCAAAACAGCGGAGACCCUGCGCCCUUCGCAGACGCGGCUGCAAACGCCAAGGUCCCCGCGCCGGGUGAAUUAAAGAAGUCGUCGACCGCUGGACCCGCAGCUCCAACCCUGGUCCCGGAACCGCACAAGAAGUCGAAGUCUCGCAACUUCUUUGGACAGUUCUCGUCCAAGUCGCAUCGCGAGUCGAGUAGUAGCAGUAGCAGUCGCCAGCAGCAACAGCAGCAGCAGCAAGCUCCACCCGCUGCGUCGCUCAAGAGCCCUGCUGUCGGCCGCAAGAUCUCUAAGAAGAACGGCGAUUCGCUGCCCCAGACGCCGCAGCAGCAGCAGAAUAAUUCAGUAGAGGGGCUACAGCAGACUGGGUGGCAGCAGUCGAACCAGAGCUCAAACAACUUGCCAUCGCCGCAGGAGCAGCAGGACGACGGUCUAGACCCCUACCUGAUCCGGGACAAGGAGGCAGAGCACCAGGCCUCAGCGUAUGAUCCACGCCUCGGACUCACAGUUCGUGUAGUCGCAGACGGUCAAGGCCAAGUCGCGCCCCAGCAGUACCACCAGUUCCAGGAGCAGCAAGUCCACAGCCCACAGCAGUACAGCCCGCAACAGUAUCAGCUAGCGCAGCAACAGCACAACGCCCCCAUCGAGGACCCCUCGGUCGACUACAGCAACCAGGCACCGCAGCAGCCAGGGCAAUACCAGCAGCAGCACGCGCAGCAGCAGAGCCUCGGCAGCUUCGUCUCCAACCAGCAGUACCGCAACCCGGAGGUCGUCUCGCAGCUCUCCCACGACUCCCCCUUAGACCCAAACGAAGAGCAGCGCCCGCCCUCCGUCCAGAGCUCCCAGGGCUACACCGCCCAGCAGCAGUACCCCUCACGCACCGCCUCCGCGAACCAAGACCCGCCGCGACUAACCCACCAGUCUUCGUCUAACAUCAUGGCGCCCCCAGCUGCGCAAGGCUCGCAGAGCCGCAAGUCCACAGACAAGAGCUUGCAGCAGCAGGGUGAUAACCGCGCGCCGCCCCCGGGUUACACACAGGGAGGCCAGUUCCCGCCGCCGAACCAGACCCCGACUACCGCGCAGAGCCCGCUGCCGCCUAUCCCGAACCCAGGGCAGCAACAGCAACAGCAGCCGCCGACUAACUACCGCAACUCACAGCUGCGCGGGGAGUACGGGCCUGAUGGACGCAGCACGCCGCCUUUGCAGGAGACGCGCGAGCUGACCGAGAUGGAUAAGCUGCUCAUCAAGUACAAAAAAGUCAAAGGCCUCUACUUCGACAAGCAAGCCCAAGUCGAGCAACUCCAAAACACCCUCGCCAACCAGCGCCUCUCGCAAUCCAAAACCUCCCUCGACGACAGCGAAUACAUCACGCGCUUCCAGCGCCUCGACGGCGCCAUCAAAGAAGUCGCCUUCUCCAUCCGCAAAGACUGGAAAGCCCUCCCCCACUGGCUCGUCCCCUUCGUCAACCCCUCCGCCCUGCAAACCGGGACCAAAGAAAUGACCGCCGUCGGCCGCGCCACCAUCGCGCGCUGGCUGAACGACGAGAUUUUUGGGAAAUGCUUUCACCCGGCCCUCGACCUCGGGUUUUCCGCUGAGCUGAAGAGGGUAGAGCAGAAUGUCCGCUUUUUCGCCGCGCCGCCGCCGAAUCAGGAUGAGGCUGAUGCGCUGACGGCGAAGAUCACGCAGUGGAGACUUACGACUAUGGAGGGUCUCGCGUACAGAUUGAAUUCUCCGCAUGCGGCGCAGGCGAAGGCGGAUUUCAUUCAGAUGGCUGUUUCGAAUCUGACGGCGCAUUUGAUGAAUCAUCUCCAUGAUGCGGCGGAUCACGGGUUCCAGGGGAACGCGACGAGUAUCAUCGAACUUGCGGUGGGCAUCGCGAGUCAUUUGCCGUGCGAGAGUAGGGAUAUCGCGAUCUGCUACCCCCUUCCUGGGGACCUGGUGGCGCCGUAUAUGAAGCUCGAGCCGGCGCUGCCGCCGCUGGAGGUAGACACCAAGGCUGAGGAAGGAGAUGGGAAGGACGGCAAAGACGAGGAGUCUGGGAAAGAGGGGAAGGGGAAAAAGGACGCGAAGGUGAAGAAACUCGCUCCUGCCGCUGCUGCUGCUGCCGCCGCCGCCGCCGCAGCAGCAGCAGCAGAGCCAGAGAUCAAGGAAGGCGCGAAUAAUAUCCGGUUUGCGGGCUUUAUGGGCGUGGAGGUUAGGGGGAGGCAGUGGUUGUAUAAUCCGCCUGUGUGGACGAUUUCUUAGUUUUUUUAGCCUGUUAUUUUUUGUGAUGUUUUCUUUAAAAGGAGGGGGGUGCUGGCUGUCUAUACGUAGAUAGAGGGGAGAGGGACGAGUAUAUGAUGGAAGGAGGGAGAUGUGGUCGGGGUGAAAAUAUGUGUGGGGAUGGAGAUUAUGCAAAUAUAAGAUGAGAUGAGAUAGUUUAUACGAGGUUAUGAUCGCGCUGGCUGCCCCGUUUCCUUUCCUUUUCACUUUGGCCAUGCAAGCCCCAUGGGGUCCAGAUUUGCUCCAUCUAGCCAUUUCUGCUAAGGUCUUCCCCAAGCACACACGUUACACGUAAGUUAUAACGAAUACUAUAUUGAAUUGAG